UUGUACUGUGAAUGCCAACUCAGUUGACGCAAAUUAUUUGCGCCAAAUUUUUCACCAAAAAGGAAUUGAGUUCUCAGAUUGAAAUAAAAAUGCCAAAAAUCAGGAAGACAAAAAAAAGCUCCUCAUCCGACAGCGACAGCGGGCCCGAUGAUCGUAAUCCACCGCCAAGCAAAAAGUCAAAGGAGAGCGCUGCUGAAAAAUCAAAUAAGAAUGAUAGUGGAGAUGGUAAUGGAGCCACCACAUGGACUCUAGAGGGCAUGCGUCAGGUGCGCAUCAAUGAGUUUCGUGGCCGGAAAAUGGUUGAUAUACGCGAGCACUAUGAGAAGGAUGGGAAAGUCAUGCCGGGCAAGAAGGGUAUUUCACUGUCGGCUUCGCAGUGGAAAAAAUUACUAGCAGUAGCGGACGAUGUUAGUCGCGCUCUUGAGGAAUGAAAGCAAGACAACAAGAAAAAGUAAUACUUAGUAGUUUUGUACAUUUAAACAAAAAACACUUAUAUACACACAAAUAAACGUGAAUCUUAA